AAGAGGAAGCAGUAGCAAGCGGAAGCGAUUUCAAACCCAAAAAAUGGAUAUGGCGGCGGAUGGCGUGGCGAGGCAAGCGGAGCUCCGGCGGAUCGAGGGCAACGCCUGCUUCAACAAGGCUCGCAUCGGCGCCGCCAUCGACUGCUACACCGAGGCCAUCGCUCUUCGCCCCGACGUCGCCGUCUACUGGCUCAACCGGGGCCUCUGCCAUUUCAAGCGCAAGGAUUGGCCCAAGGUGGAAGAGGAUAGCAGGAAAGCUCUUGCGCUUGAUGCCACUCUCGUCAAGGGUCACUAUUUACUCGGAUGUGCGCUGCUUGAGAAGGAACAAUGUGCUCUUGCUAUCAAGGAAUUCGACAGGGCUUUGGAUCUUCUGAGGUCUUCAAAUUUGAAGGACAAAAUGGUGGAGGACAUUUGGCAGGUUCUUGCUAAGGCAAAAUACAUAGAUUGGGAAAUACACUCGACUGAGAGAGUUUGGAAGAUGCAAAGUUUAAAGGAAGCAUGUGAAAAUGCUCUCCAGGAGCAUCACUUUCUUAGCGGCACACUUGUGGGAGAUGGGGCAACCAGUGAGUACUCAGACCAACUGAAAUUGUUAUCAGAAGUCUUCACCAAAGCUACCAUUGACGAUACACCAACAGAUGUGCCUGACUACCUUUGCUGCCAAAUAACCUUUGAGAUUUUUAGAGAUCCAGUGAUCACACCCAGUGGUAUAACGUAUGAGAAGUCCAUACUUCUGGAACAUCUUCGCAAGGUGGGCAAUUUCGACCCAGUGACACGAGAGCCUCUGAAAGAGCAUCAGUUGGUUCCUAACCUAGCCAUCAAGGCGGCAGUUCAAGCUUACCUCAAGGAUCACAGUUGGGCCUACAAGUUGAACUGAUGAUACUGCUCCCUAGCUGCAUAGUGCUAACAAUAGGUGUUGGUAAAUUAUUGGGUUGUCAAGGGGGAAUUCUUCUUUACUUUUCUGAUGUUCGUAAGUUCGUUAGUGCCCUCAUGGAACUGAGUGGUUCUGGGCAACUGUUAACGAACAUUGGCAGGUGUACAUAAACAUCACAGAUUCACAGCUGUAGCUCUUUAUCAUGUUGACAAGUGUUCCUUCUACUAUACCAUGGGGAUGAUGUAUGUCUAGUAACUUUCAGCGCCAAAAUGGCAAUUGUCAAUGACAAUCAUUCCUUUUGCUGCAUUUCACCAUUGCAGCAGCAUGCAAAUUUAAUAUCUCUACUG